AUGGCGGUUCACCGCAAGCGUGCAACGAACGCGCGCCGCCGCCGCCGCCGCUCCCCGGAUGAAAGAUCACGCUAUCAAGUCACAGUGGUGAUGGAUCGCGGGAGGAGGGGCUAGCGCCCGGCGAUGGACUGACGACUCCAGGCCAUCGCCCAAGGCCAGUGACUUACAUUCCAAGCUGGGUCCUCUCUUCGUCACCGGCGGGGAUGGAGGCGGAGGUGGCGAUGCGGUGGUGAGAGCUUUUGCAAAGAUCUUCAAGCUCGACAACGGCAAGAAGAAAGAGGAAGAAGAUCGCAGCAUGCCUCCACACGCAGUAGCAGCAGAAGAAAGAGGAGGAGAAGAGGAUGGUUGCGUCCAGCAAACUUCUUCGCUGCUGCGAUGCAUCACUUCCACCGCCGGCAGUUGCAAGCCCGCUCGAUGCUACAGCCAGGGGGACUUCCGGAUCAUCAAGUCGAUCGGGCAUGGUGACAUGGGGACCGUGUUCUUGGUGGCUCUCCGCGGGGACAACUCGCCGUAUGCCAUGAAGGUGAUGAAGAAGGAGGUAUUGGCGGCGAGGGAGAACUUCCACAGGGCCCAGACUGAGAAGGAGAUACUCAAGGCCUUGGAUCAUCCGUUUCUUCCUCGGCUGCUAGCUCACUUUGAGACGGACAAGCACACGUUCCUCGUGACGGACUACUGCUGUGGAGGAGAUCUCAACGUGUUACGGCAGAAGCAGCCGGACAAGCGGUUCUCGGAGAGCGCUACCAGGUUCUAUGCUGCCGAGGUUUUGCUAGCUCUCGAGUAUCUCCACGAACACGGCAUCAUCUACCGGGACCUCAAGCCCGAGAACAUCCUCAUCAAGGAGAACGGUCACGUAAUGCUCACAGACUUUGAUCUCUCGCUCAACCUCGCCACCAAGAAGAAGACGUCCUCCUCCUCCUCGUCACCUCUCUUUACGGACAAGAAGAAGAAGCCGAGCAAGCCGAGGCGGCUCUCUUGUGGACUCCACUUCGAGCUCCCGAGGAUCAUCACCCAGAGGAGGAAGAAUACGAGCAAAAGCUGCAAGAAGGCCGUGGCUAGAAUCUUCCCCAGGAGCUGCGGCUCCUCCUCGGAUUGCCGAUCCAAUUCCUUCGUUGGCACCGAGGAGUACGUCGCUCCCGAGGUGGUGUGGGGAUCCGGCCAUGGACUGCCGGUGGACUGGUGGACGUUUGGAGUCUUCCUCUACGAGCUCGUCUACGCCAAGACUCCAUUCAAAGGCUCGAGGAGGAAGGAUACGUUCUACAACAUCCUUUGCAAGGAGGUGGAGCUUCCAGGCCCUCCGACGCCGCUCAAGGAUCUCAUCGCCGGGCUGCUCGUCAAGGACCCGGAGCAAAGGCUGGGAUCCAGGCAGGGAGCGUUGGAAGUGAGAAACCACGCCUUCUUCCAGGGAGUGAGAUGGAGCGAGGUGGAGCUGGUAGCGCGGCCGCCGGUGGUUCCACCACCUUUCUCGCUCGAGGAGAUCGAGCGAGGCAGGAAGUUUAGAGAGGUUGGCAUUGACGACAAUCACCACAGCCAGGAGCUGCUAGCCAGGAAGAAGAAGCUCCAAGCAGUGAAGCAGCUCCAGGAGGGGAUGCUGGCGCAAGCUUGUCCUCCGGCCUUGCAAGACGUGGAGAUUUGCUCGUCGUAUGAUAAGUACGCUGCCGAGGAGAGGCUUCCCCGAGCUGGAAGUUGCGAUCUUCCUCCUCCUCGGUUGCUCGAAGAGUGUGGUGACGAGGAGGAGGAAGAUGGCGUUGUGGUGUUGCGAACUUCGACGCUGCUGGCCUCUGACGGUGCUCGGGAGGAGAUUGGAGCCAAGACUUUGGAGCUUCUCGACUCGAAAGCUGCGGUGGGACUGGUGUUUGAAGUCACGAGCGAGGGUGACGGUGGCGGCGGCGAGGACGGUGGCAAAGUCGUCGUCGUCGUCAAGAAUUUUGAGAGCGAGGAGGAGUUGCAAAAGGUCCAGCAGCUCGUAGAGACUGAAUCCAAUUCAUUCGACGUGUUUUGAUUAGAUACAUGGAAGGAAGAAAGCAAAGCAAGAACUUUCUUUUGGUC